UAGACGUCGUAAACGUCGACUGUUGGAUUACUGCGGCCAUGAGCGUUGUCUGAGCUGUAUCAAUAGAUCCGACCUUUGUCCUCUGUGUGUGGAUACAGGAUCCAGUCCACCCAAAAUGUCGAAAAUAUACACAGAAUCCUCCGACCUCACGACUCCAUCCUCCGAUUUCACGACUCCAUCCUCCGAUCUCACGACUAAGUCCUCUGAUAUCGACAAAUCCUUUAAACCCACCUUCCACUCAACACCCAUAAAGCCCUCCAGUGCCUCCAAUGCCUCCACCCCUGCUCUCCCCUCCAAGUCUCCCAAGACUCCCGCUGGUGAACCAACUAAACCUGGAAACCCUGGGUUUAAUUUUCAACUUCAGGCAUACGAGGGUAUUGGAUCACCCCUCACUCUACAACAAACUGUUAAUAGAGGAUUCAGAUUCCUUCCAAAGGAGGAAGGGGUAGUCGAUAGAAGGGCCAAAGAUGAAAGGAAGAUGUCAGCUGUUCGCGCCAUUUUAUUUCGAGACGAAGACGACAUUGGAAACACAAGUAAAGAGUCAGGAUUCUUUUCAAGCGGUUCAGAGACUCAAAGCUGCAUCAAGUAUGUAGCUAAGACUAACUCUGGUGCGCCAAAGAGUGAUUCAAAAGUAGCUAAAACAAAUUCCGACCAUGCUGUUGAACAUGGACCGUCUGAAAAUGAACCUGGAUAUUUAUCAAAGCUUUUGAACUCUCCGUCACAAGCCAGAAUUACCCGGGCUGGACCCAGGAUAAACCAAGCUGUAGGAACUUCUCACAUGAGCAGACAAGCUACAGAUUUGUCAGACAAACCGUCAGAAAAAUCUUCAGAUUCGGAGCGGAAAUCUGCGAAACCGCUUCCGGAAAUAUCCGCCAAGAACCGUGUUCAGAAAUCCUGGAAACCAGUUCCAGACAAAAUCCCGAAACGGAAACUUGAUCUACAGAUCGAAAGGAAUUCGCUGUACAAGCCAUUCCAGAAGAUUUAUAGUUUUAAAGCAAAAUUUACAGAUAAGAGAAGCAACAGACGCAGCAACUCUAAAGCUCAACUAGACUUGUCAGAUUCCCCCAGUUCUAGCUCUAGCUAUCCAGCACAUCAACCCAUCCUAACGCAUUCAUUGUCAGAUCCACAGCUAGAGAAAAUCCAGCUCGCGAGCGUAGCGAGACAUUCAGAUCGUGAUUCUGAUGUUAGCUCAGAAGUUUCAACAAUUCGCUCAGUUUCCUCCAGAAGAAGUAAACUUUCAAGUUCCAGGUUUCAACAUACGUUUCUUAAACCUCUUUAUUUCGAGGUUCCAUCACCCCCUUCAGUAUCCCUCUUCACAGGAAGAGAAUGGUUGUAUCGUGAAAUAAUGGAACAGUUGAUGUCUAAUCUUCCGACUAAUAGAGGCGUUCUAAUCACCGGAGGACCAGGCUCAGGAAAGACCGCGACAAUACUAGCUCUAGUAGAGCAAAGUUGCUUUGGAUCCAAGCCUUCAAAUUCAGGCAGUCAGACAGGUUUAAGUAGAUCUCUAUCUACUGGAUCGCUAUCUAGCCUCCAAACGGAAGGAUAUUUGGGCUCUUUAUCUAAAACUGUUGUUUCCUAUCAUUUCUGCCAGGCUGAUAAUGCUACGACUUGUCGUGUACCGGAGUUUAUACACUCAGUGUCUGCUCAGAUCUCCCAGUCUCCUCGGCUUUCAGCUUAUUUUCAUCUUAUUCAGGUUGAGAAGAAAGUGCGAGAUCUUCUGUCUAUUUCACACUGCACUGCAAACCCUAGCGAAUCUUUGGUAUCUGGUGUUCUGGAACCCCUGAAACUAUUAAGAAAAACUGGUAAAAUCUCCGGAGAGAUCUGUACGAUCGUUCUUGAUGGUUUGUGUGAAGCAGAACAGCAUAGACCUGAUUUUGGAGACAGUAUACAGUUCUAUACAUACUUUAAUCAUAUUAUUUCUAAUUUCAGACCUUAG